CCACUCCGCCAAAGUGCCUAAGAAAUUUGCUGCAUCUCUUAUGAAAGCUCAUUGGAUGACCAAAACGUAUUGUUAGUUUCACUUAUGUACUCAUGUGUGUAUGAUGCGAUGCUAGGUACUAUGUACUCGUUACCUAGCGUGUUCGAGAAUUAACCCCUAUAUUCUUGGAAUACUCCUGUGCAGAAUCAGCAUUUCAUAUGUAGAAUACACUUUGAUCCUAUUUUGGCCGGUACUAGAGAGAUUUUGUAUAUACAGAGUGGAUAUAACAAACGAAUGCCUUCAAUAUUGAUUGGAGGAUAUGAAAAAGAAAUUUAUGACUUGUGUGGCACCAUUCUACCAUUUCAAAUCAGCCCGGCUUGACUACUACAACGCAACGGACGAUGGCGACUACAAAUACCUGAUAGAAGAAAUGCAUCAAGAUGUAGCAUCAUUGUCCGGAUCGAGCCCCAAACUUCUACAGCCUAGGCUCGUGGAUGUGCACACCACAUCUGAAAAAUGUGUCGUCGAUAAGUGCCUCCUCCGUGCUGUCAUCGACAAUGACGAAUGCAAAAACAUCGGCAUCGUGUCUCUCAAGGCCAUCCCGCCGGAACUCGCACAUCAUCGAUGCACCGAAGUCCACAUCUACAUUGGCAACAAAUAUCGCGGCCUGGGCUACGGGGCCGAGGCCACCACAUGGGCAACAUGGUACGCCUUCCAGAUGGCGGGGAUGCACCGCAUCCAAGUUAGCAUUCCUUCUUUCAACACGCCUGCCACGAAGCUGUUCGAGGGUCUGGGGUUCGCGGAGGAAGGCAGACAACGCAGCUCCAUUUGGUUCAAUGGUCAAUGGCACGAUAACGUAUUGUAUGGGGUGCUGAAAAACGAGUUUCGGGACUGGCUCGAGACGGAUAGCCGCUUUAGCUACAUCUUGGGUGACCUAAAUAAUAACUGUUUAUUAGACGGGGAUUUCUAGGCAGGCACCGUCGAUGGACUGGGGACAUCGUAUAUGGCAUUACUACCUAAAUAUAUAGCAAAUUGUGUCGGAAAUGAAUUUAUACUUGAA